AGCGGCCGCUGGAGCGGAGCGGCGCCGGCGAGCACGUUCCAGCUUGAUGUCACCUGAUGUACAGACGUGCUACGAAUUGCUGACGCCGGAGGACCCCGACGCCAGGCACGGAGAACCAGGCGCCGUCGUGGAGUGCGACUGGCUGCGUUAAAGGGCUUUUUAAAUUUGCUCGUCUGGCGCAGGCAUGACGAGAUGGGCGUAGCGAUGGGACUCCCUGCGGGUCGCCGGCCUCCUCCCUCCUGCCUCAUCGUCCUGCUGCUCAAGCUCUUGGCCGCCGCAUCCCAGGGGCUGCCGGGGAGCGGGCCCCUGGGCUUCCACUUCACGCACCCCGUUUAUAAUGCCACUGUGCACGAGAACUCGGCCGCCAGGACCUAUGUCAGCAGCCCCGGCAGGAUGGGCAUCGCCCUGGCCGACCGGUCCUGGGACGUCAAGUACAGGGUGGUGUCGGGGGACGAGGAGGGCUUCUUCAAGGCAGAGGAGGUGCUCAUCGCAGACUUCUGCUUCCUCAGGAUCCGAACGAAAGGCGGCAACUCGGCGAUCCUGAACAGGGAAGUGCAGGACCACUACCUGCUGGUGGUCAAAGGCUCUGUCAGAGGAGAGGACCUGGAGGCCUGGACCAAGGUGAGUGUCCAGGUGCUGGACAUGAACGACCUGAGGCCUCUGUUUUCACCCACCACGUACUCGGUGACCAUAGCCGAGAGCACGCCGCUGCGGGCCAGCGUGGCCCAGGUGACUGCCACGGACGCAGACAUCGGCUCCAACGGCGAGUUCUACUACUAUUUCAAAAACAGGGUCGACCUCUUUUCUGUGCACCCCACCAGUGGCGUCAUCUCCCUGAGUGGGCGGCUGAACUACGACGAGCAGGCCCGGCACGACCUGGAGGUGCUGGCCGUGGACCGGGGCAUGAAGCUCUAUGGCAACAACGGGGUGAGCAGCACCGCCAGGCUGCACGUGCACGUGGAGCGGGUGAACGCCCAUGCCCCCACGCUGCGCGUGGCUGCCUUCGCCCCCUCCCCACUGGAUGCAGAGCCCACCUACGCGCUGGUGACCGUAGAGGAUCUCGACGAGGGGGCCAACGGGGAGGUGGAGUCCGUGUCCAUAGUGGCGGGGGACCCGCUGGGCCAGUUCUUCCUGGCCAGGGACGAGACGUGGACACAUGAGUACCGGGUCAAGCAGCGGCGGCCGGUGGACUGGGCCAGCUUCCCCCUGGGCUGCAACCUCACCCUGCAGGCCAGGGACCGGGGCUCGCCGCCACGGCUGUCGGCAGCCACGCUGCUGCGCGUGCCCAACCCCCACAGGAACGUGGCCCCCGUUCGCUUCGAGAAGGAGCGGUACGAGGUGCGCGUCAGUGAGUUCGCCCCACCGGGCGUGGCGGUGGCCGUGGUCAAACUGCGCCCUGAGCCGCUAGGCACCGAGUACAGGCUGUCCCCCGGGGAGGACGCCCGGAGCUUCAGCAUCAACGCACGGUCUGGCCUCAUCGUCACAGCGCAGCCGCUCAGCGCCGCCCACAAGGACCUCUACCAGCUGGAGGUGACCAGCCGGGGCGGGGCCCUGCGGGCGCUCGUGGCCGUGACUGUCGAGGACGCCAACGACCACGCGCCCGAGUUCCAGCAGCCCUGGUACGAGGUGGCCGUGAACGAGAGCGUGCCGGUGGGCACGGGCGUGCUGGCCGUCUCCGCGUCUGACCGCGACCAGGGGGAGAACGGCUACAUCACCUACAGCAUCGCCAGCCUUGGCCCGCUGCCUUUCGCCAUCAACCAGUUCACGGGCCUGGUCAGCACCACUGAGGAGCUGGACUUUGAGUCCUGCCCGGAAACCUACCGCUUCGUGGUGCGGGCCUCAGACUGGGGCGCGCCCUACCGGCACGAACGCGAGGUCAACGUCACGGUGCGCGUUCGCAAUGCCAAUGACAACCGGCCACUCUUUGAGAGGGUGGCCUGCCAGGGGGCCAUUGCCCAGGACUUCCCGGUAGGGGGCCACGUCACUGCCGUGUCUGCCAUCGACGUGGACGAGCUCGAGCUGGUCAAGUACCAGAUCCUCUCUGGCAAUGAGCUGGGCUUUUUCUACCUGAACCCGGACUCUGGGGUCCUACAGCUGAAGAAGUCCCUGGUGGACGCUGGCGCCCACAACGCCCACUUCGCGCUCAGGAUCACAGCGACCGACGGGGAGCACUUUGCGGACCCCACGUCUGUGAACAUCUCGGUCCUGCAGGGGAAGGCGCCUUCCAAGAGCUUCAGCUGCAGAGAGACCCGCGUGGCGCAGAGGCUGGCGGAGAAGCUGCUCAUGAAGGCCAAGGCCCAUGGGCGGCUGCAUCAGGGGGACGGGUUCCUGGACUUCUACGCUGCCAACAGGGAGGGCCCCCGCUUCGACAGAUCGCUCCCCUCGGACUUGGCGGUCAGGGAGGACCUGCCUGUGGGCGCCGCCGUCCUGAGGGUCCGGGCCUCCGACCCAGACGCCGGCUUCAAUGGGAAGGUGCUGUUCACCAUCGCCGAUGGCAACACGGACAGCUGCUUCAGCAUCGACAUGGACACCGGGCAGCUGACGGUGCUGAUGCCACUGGACCGUGAGCGCACGGACCUCUACCUCCUCAACAUCACCGCCUACGACCUGGGGACACCGCAGAGGGCUGCGUGGCGGCUGCUGACCGUCACCGUAGAGGAUGUGAAUGACAACAGCCCCGUGUUCCUGCAGGACGGCUACGCGGCCAGCGUGCCGGAGAGUGCGGGCGUCGGCACGCAGCUCAUCCAGGUGGAGGCCCGGGACCCGGACCAGGGCGCCAACGGGGAGGUGACCUACUCCCUGCUGACCGACGCCCGGCAGUUUGCCAUCAACAGCUCCACCGGCGUCGUGUACGUGGCCGACCAGCUGGACCGGGAGUCCAGAGCCAGCUACUCACUGAGGAUAGAAGCCAGGGACAGGGCAGACGGUGGGCAGCAGCUGUCCUCGGUGGCCACGCUGCGCGUGCUGCUGGACGACGUCAACGACUGUGCCCCGGCCUUCGUACCCCGUGGCUACCGCGCCAAGGUCCCGGAGGACCUCCCGGUGGGCACGGUCGUGGCCUGGCUAGAGACCCACGACCCGGACCUGGGCCCCGGGGGGCAGGUGCGCUACUCGCUGGUCAACGACGAGGGCGGGAGGUUCGAGGUGGACAGGGCCAGCGGGGCCGUGCGGCUGCGCCGGGAGCUGGACUACGAGAAGCAGCAGUUCUACAACCUGACGGUGCGCGCCAAGGACAAGGGCCGGCCCGUGUCCCUGUCCUCCGUGUCCUUUGUGGCGGUGGAGGUGGUGGACGUCAACGAGAACCUGCACGCGCCCCGCUUCCCGGACUUCGUGGUGCUGGGCUCGGUGCGGGAGGACGCGCGUGUGGGCAGCAGCGUGCUGCGGGUGGCCGCCCGCGACGAGGACCCGGGCCGGGACGGGGAGCUGCGCUACUCCAUCCGCGACGGCAGCGGCCUGGGCCGCUUCAGCAUCGACGAGGACUCUGGCGUCAUCUCCACGGCCGACGCGCUGGACCGCGAGGCGGCCGCCGCCUACUGGCUGACCGUGCACGCGGCCGACCGCGGCGCCGCGCCCCGGCACGCCCGCGUCGAGGUGUACCUGGCGGUCGAGGACGUCAACGACAACGCGCCGCUGCCCUCGGAGCCGCUGUACCGGCCCGCCGUGCCCGAGAACUCGCCGCGGGACGCGCCCGUCGUGCAGGUCCAGGCCGAGGACCCCGACCCCAGCUCGCGCGGGCGGCUGGCCUACCGCAUCGCCAGCGGGAACCCCCAGAACUUCUUCGCCAUCAACGGCCGGACAGGCCUGAUCUCCACGACCUCAAGGAAGCUGGACCGGGAGCAGCAGGCGGAGCACUUCCUGGAGGUGACCGUGACGGACGGCGGGCCCUCCCCCAAGCAGUCCACCGCCUGGGUGCUGGUGCGGGUCCUGGACGAGAACGACAACCGGCCGCAGUUCCCGCAGAAGGUGUACCAGGUGCGGCUGCCCGAGCGGGAGCGCCGGAGGCGGGCCGAGCCCAUCUACAGGGCCUUCGCCUUCGACCGGGACGAGGGCGCCAACGCCGAGAUCUCCUACAGCAUCGUGGACGGCAACGGGGACGGCAGGUUCUUCAUCGACCCCAAGACCGGCCUGGUCUCCUCCAGGAGGCAGUUCACGGCCGGCAGCUACGACAUCCUCACGAUCAAGGCGGUGGACAACGGGCGCCCCCAGAAGUCGUCCACCGCGCGCCUGCACAUUGAGUGGAUCAAGAGGCCGCCCCCCUCGCCCCUGCCCCUGGCCUUCGAGGAGCCCUUCUACAACUUCACGGUGAUGGAGAGCGACAGGGUGGCCGACAUCGUGGGCGUGGUGUCCGCGCAGCCGGCCGGCGCCCCGCUGUGGUUCGACAUCGUGGGGGGCAACUCUGACAGCGCUUUUGACGUGGAGAAGGGCGCCGGCACCAUCGUCAUCGCCAAGCCCCUGGACGCGGAGCUGCGGUCUGUCUACAACAUGACCGUGGAGGUCACAGACGGGACCAGCGUGGCCGUCACCCAGGUGCUCAUCAGAGUGCUGGACAGCAACGACAACGGCCCCGAGUUCUCCCAGGCGCACUACGACGUGACCAUCUCCGAGGACGCACUUCCCGACACGGAGAUCCUGCGGCUCGAGGCCACGGACAGGGACGAGCAGCACAGGCUGAGCUUCACGGUGCACAGCAGCCUGGACGCGAGCAGCAUGCGCAAGUUCCGCAUCGACCCCAGCUCCGGCGUGCUCUCCACAGCCGAGAGGCUGGACCACGAGGCCCAGGACAGGCACCUCCUGACCGUCAUGGUCCGGGACCAGGAGUUCCCGUACCGGAGGAGCCUGGCCCGCGUGACGGUGCACGUGGAGGACGCCAACGACCACAGCCCUUGCUUCCCCCACCCGCUGUACGAGGCGUCUGUGUUCGAGUCGGCUGCGCCCGGCUCGGCCGUGCUGCAGGUGACGGCGCUGGACAGAGACCGGGGCGAGAACGCCGAGCUGGUGUACAGCAUCGAAGCAGGGAACACGGGAAGCACAUUCAAGAUCGAGCCCGUCCUGGGCAUCAUCUCCGUCGCCAAGGAGCUGGACAUGGCGGCGAUGGGGCAGUUCGUCCUGUCAGUCAGGGCCACGGACCGGGGCUCCCCGCCCAUGUCCGCCACCACCAUCGUGCGUGUGUCCAUCACCAUGUCUGACAACGCCCGCCCCAGGUUCACGCCCAGGGACUACCAGGCCGAAGUGAGCGAGAAUGUGGACGUCGGGACCUCGGUGGUCCUGGUCUCCGCUGCCAGCCUGUCCACCCUGGUCUACGAGGUCAGGGACGGGAACGCGGGCGGGGUCUUCAGCAUAAACCCCUACUCAGGCGUCAUCAGCACACGGAAGGGCCUGGACUUUGAGCACACGCCCUCCUACCAGCUCACCGUGCAGGCCACCAACAUGGCGGGGAUGGCCGCCAACGCCACAGUCAGCAUCCAGGUGCUGGACGAGAAUGACAAUGCCCCGGGCUUCCUCUCUGCGCGGUUCUCAGGCCGCCUCAGCGAGGCCGCCCCGGUGGGCAGUGUCGUGGGGGGCCCGGACGGCCGCCCCCUGGUGAUCCGCGCCUCCGACGCCGACAGCGGCCGCAACGCUCUGCUCGUGUACCAGAUCCUGGAGCCCGCGGCCAGGGAGGUCUUUGCCGUAGACGCCAGCACCGGCGCCGUGAGGACCAUCGCCCCCCUGGACCACGAGAGUGUCGCCCGCUUUCUCUUCCACGUGCACGUGCGGGACAGCGGCAGCCCCCAGCUGGCCGCCGAGAGCCCUGCGGAGGUGAGCGUGGAGGUGGCGGACGAGAAUGACAGCCCGCCCGCCUUCACCCAGGCCGCGCCCGAGGCCAUCCUGCUCCUGCCCACCUACGUGGGUGUGGAGGUCCUGACCGUCAGCGCCACAGACCCUGACUCCGAGGUGCCCCUAGAGCUGACCUACAGCCUCGCAGAGGGCGGCUCGGGCCACUUCCUGAUGGACGCCGACAGCGGGGUGCUCACCGUCAGCAACAGCAGCCUGACCAAGGACCACUACGUGCUGGUGGUCAGGGUGUCGGAUGGGAAGUUCUCCAGCAUGGCCACGGUCACAGUCCUGGUCAAGGAGGCCAUGGACAGUGGCCUCCGCUUCACGCAGAGCCUAUACUCCGCCUCUGUCCCCGAGAACAGCACCAACGUGACCAAGGUCGCCGUCGUGACUGCUGUGGGGAGCCGCCUCAACGAGCCCCUGCGGUACAGCAUCUUGAACCCCGGAAACAAGUUCAGGAUAAAACCCACCUCGGGGGUCAUCCAGACCACAGGUGUCCCCCUUGAUCGCGAGGAGCGGGAGUCCUACGAGCUGGUGGUGGAGGCCAGCCGCGAGCUGGGCCGCCUGCACGUGGCCCGGGUGGUGGUCAGGGUCAGCGUGGAAGAUGCCAACGACAACCCGCCGGUAUUCGUGGGCCUCCCCUACUACGCUGCCGUGCAGGUGGACGCCGCACCAGGGACGCUCAUCUACCAGGUGACCGCCGUCGACAAAGACAAGGGCGCAAACGGAGCCGUGACCUACGUCCUGCAGGACGACUAUGGCCACUUUGAGAUCAAUCCCCACUCGGGGGAUGUCACCCUAAAGGAGGCCUUCGAUGCCGACCUCUCCAGCAUUGAGUACGGCGUCACCAUCCUGGCCAGCGACGGCGGGGAGCCCUCCUUGUCCACCUCCGUGGAGCUGCCCGUCACCGUCGUCAACAAGGCCAUGCCCGUGUUCGAUCGGCCCUUCUACACCGUGUCCGUGGACGAGGACGUGGGCCUGGACACGCCGGUGCUGAGUGUCAAUGCUAGCAGCCCCGAGGGCCAGGGCCUCGUGUACGUCCUGGUGGACGGGGACCCGCUCGGCCAGUUCAGUCUGGGCUUCGACACCGGCGUCCUGCGGGUGGUCAGCCCCCUGGACUAUGAGGUCAUGCCCGCAUACAGACUGACGGUGCGAGCCAGCGACACUCUCACGGGCGCCAAGGCCGAGGUGGCUGUGGAUGUGCUGGUGAGAGACGUGAACGACAACCCACCGGUCUUCGCGCAGCCCGCGUACAACGCCACGCUGUCCGAGGCGGCGCUGGUGGGCACGCCCGUCCUGCAACUGGCCGCCAGCGACGCGGACGCGGCCCACAACCGGGCUGUGCACUACCAGAUUGUGCAGGCCUCGCACAACGGCUCCGACCACUUCCACGUGGACGGCGCGAGCGGCCUGAUCCUGACGGCCCGGGCGCUGGACCGCGAGGCGCUGCCACACUGCACACUGCAGGUGCGGGCGGCCGACGGCGGCGUCCCUCCGCUGAGCAGCGAGGUCCUGGUGCACGUGCACGUCAUGGACGUGAACGACAAUGCACCUGCGUUUGACCAGCUCGUCUACGAGGCCUACGUGAGCGAGCUGGCACCCCGGGGCCACUUCGUGACCCGCGUGCAGGCCUGGGACGCGGACAGCUCCGACGCCGACCGGCUGGAGUACAGCAUCUUGUCUGGCAACGACCGGGCGGGCUUCCUGAUGGACGCCAGGAGCGGCGUCCUCUCCCUGUCUGGCCACCGGAAGCAGCGCAUGGAGCCCCUGUACAGCCUCAACGUGUCCGUGUCCGACGGGCUGUUCGCCGGCACCGCGCAGGUGCACGUCAGGGUGCUCGGGGCCAACCUGCACAGCCCGGCCUUCGCCCAGACCACGCAGGUGGCCGAGCUGAGGGAAAACGCGGCCCCGGGGACCAAGGUGGCCCUCGUCCGCGCCACAGAUGAGGACCCGGGCCCCUUCGGGCAGCUCAGCUAUGCCAUCCUCAGCGACUUCGCCAGAGACCGGUUCCUGGUGGAUGGCAGUGGGCAGCUCGUGACCACCGAGCGGCUGGACCGGGAAAACCCCCUGGAGGCGGACGUCAGCAUCCCCCUGAGGGCGCUGGAUGGUGGGGGGAGGGUGGCCUUCUGCGCCGUGCGGGUGAUCGUGCUGGACGAGAACGACAAUGCGCCCCAGUUCGCGGCCGUGGAGUACCGGGCCAGCGUCAGGGCAGACGUGGGCAGUGGCCACCUGGUCGCCCAGGUUCAGGCCACAGACCCCGAUGACGGUGCCAACGCCAGGCUCACGUACUCCCUGUACAGCGAAGCCUCGGUCUCCGUGGCCGACCUCCUGGAGAUCGACCCCGACAGCGGCUGGCUGGUCACCAAGGGCAGCUUCCAGCAGCUGCGGAGCACGGUGCUGUCUUUCUUCGUCAGGGCGGUGGACGGGGGCGUCCCGGUCAGGCACUCGCUCGUGCCCGUCUAUGUCCACGUCGUGGCUCCAGAGACGCCGCUGCCCUCCUUCCCCCAGCCCCAGUACUCCUUCUCCGUGCCGGAGGACGCCCCCCUCGGGAGCGCGGUGGACACACUGCGCAUCCUGCCCGGCCACAGCGCCAGGUUCAGCACCGUCAACGGGGAGCGGCCAGAGCACAAUGGGGGCGGCGUCUUCGUCAUAGAGCCAGACACGGGCACCCUCAAACUCGACCAGCGGCUUGACCACGAGGCCACCCCAGCCUUCCACUUCAAGGUGGCGGCCACCGUCCCCCAGGACACAGUGGACGUGGUGGUCACCGUGGACGUGGACGUCAGGGUGCUGGACCUGAACGACAACAGGCCGGUCUUUGACAGCGCGCGCUACGAGGCUGUGGUCAUGGAGGGCAUGCCCGCGGGCACCCAGCUCGCGCAGGUGCGGGCCGCCGACCCGGACGGGGGUGCCAACGGGCAGGUCACCUACGCCCUGCUCGCGGACGCGCAGCCCGCGGCCGCCCUGGAGGCGUUCGCCAUCGACAGCAGCACGGGCUGGAUCAGCACGCUGAAGGCCCUGGACCAUGAGGCCGGCCCCGCCUUCACCUUCACCGUGGUGGCCGCCGACCUGGGGGAGGCCUUCUCGCUGUCCUCCACCGCCUCGGUGUCCGUGCGGGUGACCGACGUCAACGACAACCCGCCCGUCUUCGCCCGGGAGCUGUGCCGGGGGGAGGUGAAGGAGAGCGACCCCCCAGGCCAGGUGGUCGCCGUGCUCAGCACGCGGGACAGGGACAGCUCCGACGCCAACCGCCAAGUCAGCUACCACAUCACAGGCGGGGACCCGCGCGGGAGCUUCGCGCUGGGGCUGGUGCAGGGCGAGUGGAAGGUGUACGUGAAGCGGCCGCUGGACAGAGAGGAGCAGGGCCUCUACCUGCUCAACGUCACCGCCACCGACGGGCUGUUCGUCUCCCGGGCCGCGGUGGAGGUGGCCGUCACCGACGUGAACGACAACAGCCCCGUCUGCGACCAGGUCACGUACACAGCUUCCUUCCCCGAAGACAUUGCCCCCGACGAGGUGCUCCUGCGGGUGGGCGCCCGGGACGCCGACGCUGGGGCCAACGGGGAGAUCCGAUACUCGCUCCACGGGCCUGGAAACGAUGAAUUUUUUCUAGAUCCAGAAACUGGGGAGCUGAAGACCCUGGCGCCCCUGGACCGGGAGAGGGUCCCCGUGUACAGCCUGGUCGCCAGGGCCACCGACGGGGGCGGCAGGUCCUGCGAGUCCCGGCUGAGCCUGCACCUGCAGGAUGUGAACGACAACCCCCCAGUCUUCUCCGCCGCCCGCUACGAGGCCUGCGUCUACGAGAACACGGCCCCCAAGGCGCUGGUGGCCCGGGUACAGGCCGUGGACCCCGACCUGGGCGCCAACCGGAGCGUGACCUACUCGCUGGCCGACUCGGCGGGCGGCGUCUUCUCCAUCGACGGCGCGUCCGGCCUGGUGAUCCUGGAGCGGCCGCUGGACCGGGAGCUGCAGCCCUCCUACAGCGUCCGCGUGCAGGCGAGCGACCAGGGCCCCGGCCCCGCCCUGUCCUCCCUGGCCACCCUGGCCAUCACCGUCCUGGACGUCAACGACAACCCCCCCGUGUUCGAGCGGCGGGACUACCUGGCGGCCGUGGCCGAGGACACGGCCCCGGGCACCCCAGUCCUCACCGUCUUUGCCGCCAGCAGAGACAUCGGCACCAACGCCGAGAUCACCUACCUCGUCCGCUCGGGGAACGAGCUUGGCAAGUUUGGGAUCCACCCGCGGACAGGGGGCAUCUCCGUCUCUGAGGCCCUGGACUAUGAGUCCUGCAAGAAGUUUUACCUGGUGGUAGAAGCCAAAGACGGGGGCACCCCGGCCCUCAGCGCCCUGGCCACAGUCAGCAUCGAGCUCACGGAUGUGAACGACAACCCGCCCGCCUUCAGCCAGGACGUGUACAGCGCGGUCGUCAGCGAGGACGCCGCAGUCGGGGCCUCCGUCGUCCUGCUGCUCGCCGAGGAUGCGGACAGCCCGCCCAACGCGCAGAUCCGCUUCUCCAUUGCGGGUGGUGAUCGGGACGAGGAGUUUGCCGUGGAUCCUGUCCUGGGACUCGUGAGGGUCAAGAAGAAACUGGACCGGGAGCGGGUGUCUGGAUACUCGCUGCUGGUCCGGGCCGUGGACAGCGGCCUUCCCACCAUGUCGGCCACCACCACCGUCAACAUCGACAUCUCCGACGUGAACGACAAUGGGCCGGUGUUCACACCCACCAACUACACGGCCGUGAUCCAGGAGAACCAGCCGGUGGGCACCAGCGUGGUGCAGCUGGUGGUGGCCGACAGGGACUCCUUCCACAACGGGCCGCCCUUCUCCUUCGGCAUCCUGUCGGGGAACGAGCAGCAGGCCUUCGCCGUGGACCCGCGGGGCACGCUGCGCUCGGCCGUGGUGUUCCGGCAGGCCCAGGCGCCCGAGUUCCUGCUGUGCGUGCAGGCCGUGGACUCGGGCCGGCCGCCGCAGGCCUCGCACACCUAUGUGCACGUGCGGGUCAUCCAGGAGAGCGUGCACAGGCCCACGGCCACGCCCCUGGAGGUCUUCGUCGUGGCCCUGGAGGACGACUUCCCCGGGGGCGUCAUUGGCCAGGUCCACGCCGCCGACCAGGACGCCUACGACACGCUCACCUUCACGCUAACGUCGGAGCAGAAGAGCCUGUUCAAGGUGGACAGCCGCGACGGGCGCAUCACGGCCCUGGGCGGCCUGGACAGCGGCAAGUACGUGCUGAACGUGUCCGUGAGCGACGGCCGCUUCCAGGUGCCGGUGGGCGUGGUGGUGCACGUGGAGCAGCUGGCGCGCGAGAUGCUGCCGCACACGGUCACGCUGCGCCUGGAGGACGUGUCCCCCGAGGACUUCGUGGGGCUGCACCUGCACGGCUUCCGGCGCGCGCUGCGGGCCGCGGUGCUCACGCAGAAGCAGGACAGCCUGCGCAUCGCCAGCAUCCAGCCCGCGCCCGGCGCACGCCAGCUGGACAUGCUGUUCGCCGUGGAGAGGCGCCCCCGCGACUUCUACAAGCCGGCCUACCUGAUCCAGAAGCUGUCGGGCGCGCGGCGGCACCUGGAGAGCACCGUGCGCAUUGCCGCCAUCCUGGAGAAGAACUGCUCGGGGCUGGACUGCCAGGAGCAGCACUGCGAGCAGACGCUGUCGCUGGACUCGCACGCGCUGCUGACCUACAGCACGGCACGCACCAGCUUCGUGUGCCCGCGCUUCCACAGGAGCGCGCGCUGUGCCUGCAACGGAGGACUGUGUCCGGGCGCCGACGACCCCUGCGUGGAGAAGCCGUGUCCGGGAGACAUGCAGUGCGUGGGCUACGAGGCCAGCCCGCGGCCGUUCCUGUGCCAGUGUCCCCCGGGGAAGCUCGGCGAGUGCUCAGGACACUCGUCGCUCAGCUUCGCGGGCAACAGCUACAUCAAGUACCGGCUCUCGGAGGACAGCAGGGAGGAGGCCUUCCGGCUGGCGCUGCGGCUGCGCACCCUGCAGGGCUCCGGGGUCGUCAUGCACACGCGCGCCGGCCCCUGCCUCACCCUCAAGAUCGUGGACGGCAAGCUGUGGUUCCAGCUGGACUGCGGCACGGGCCCGGGCAUCCUGGGCAUCUCGGGCCGCGCGGUCAACGACGGCAGCUGGCACUGGGUGUCCCUGGAGCUCAACCGCAACUCCACCAGCCUGUCCCUGGACGACAGCUACGUGGAGCGCCGCCGCGCGCCCCUCUACUUCCAGAAGCUGCGCGCUGACACGGCCGUGUACUUCGGGGCGCAGGUGCAGGUGGGCGGCGCGGCGGAGGCGCGGGCCGCACCGGUGCUGAGCGGCUUCCAGGGUUGCCUGGACGCCGUGGUGCUCAACGGCCACGAGCUGCCGCUGCAGAACAAGCGCAGCAGCUUCGCCGAGGUGGUGGGCCUGACCGAGCUCCGGCUGGGCUGCGUGCUCUACCCCGACGCCUGCGCGCGCGGCCCAUGCCAGCACGGGGGCAGCUGCAGCGGCCUGCCGUCGGGAGGCUACCAGUGCGCCUGCCUCUCCCACUUCACCGGGAGGAACUGCGAGGCGGAGGUCACGGCCUGCUUCCCCAACCCAUGCCGCAACGGCGGCUCCUGCCACGUGGCGGGCGGCGCCUUCACCUGCAGCUGCGGCGCGGGCCUCACGGGCCUCAGGUGCGAGGACGACGUGGACGAGUGCGCGCGCGAGGAGUGCGAGAACGGGGGCGCCUGCGUGAACGUGUUCGGUUCCUUCGCCUGCAACUGCACGCGUGGCUUCGUGGGCCCGCGCUGCGCGCUGCGGCCAGUGCUCGUGCCCGACAUCCGGGCCGGCCAGGCCUACGUGGGCAAGGAGGAGCUGGUGGGCCUCGCCACGGUGCUGCUGGUCAUCCUGGUGCUGGUGGCGGUGUUCGCCGCCUUCCGCAGGAAGGUCUUCCGCAAGCACUACUCGCGCAACAACAUCGCGCUGGUGCGGGACCCCGCGGCCGCCGCGCUGCUGCGCAAGACCAACGGCGCAGCCUUCCGCGGCCUGCGCGCCGGGGAGCCCCCGCAGGUGCCCGUGCGCCCCAUGGCCUACACGCCCUGCUUCCAGAGCGACUCCAGGGGCAACCUGGACAAGGCCGCCGACGCGCUGGGGGCCGAGCACCAGGAGAUGACCACCUUCCACCCCGAGUCGCCACGCAUCCUGCCGGCGCGCCGCGGCGUGGUGGUGUGCAGCGUGGCGCCCAACCUGCCCACCGUGUCGCCCUGCCGCUCGGACUGCGACUCCAUCCGCAAGGGCGGCUGGGACGCGGGCCCCGACAUCCACCAGGACAGAGGGGCCGAGGACCCCGGGGACGGGACGUGCUUCUCAGGCAGCAACAAGGGCAGCAGCUCGGAAGUGCAGUCCCUGAGCUCUUUCCAGUCGGACUCGGGAGAUGACAACGCCUCCAUAGUGACUGUCAUUCAGCUUGUCAGCAAUGUCGUUGACACUAUAGAGGACGAAGUGUCCAUCGUGGAUCAAGGACAGAACUACAACCGAGCCUACCACUGGGACACGUCGGACUGGAUGCCGGGGGCCCGCCUGCCGGACAUCGAGGAGGCGCCGCACUACGAGGGCCCCGAGGGGACGCCGGCGGCCGGGGCAGCGCGGGAGCUGGACAGCGAGUACUACCUGGGCGGCUACGACGUGGACAGUGAGUACCCGCCGCCGCCCGAGGAGGACUUCCUGAGCCAGGACCAGCUGCCGCCGCCGCUGCCCAGGGACGGCCCCGACCAGGACGAGGCCCUGGCCCUGGCCAGGCCGCUGAGCCCGGGCUGCCGCCGCCGGCCACACUUCCACCCCAGCCAGUACCUGCCGCCCCACCCCUGCCCCCACGACGCCCCCGACCCCACCACCUGCCCCUUCAGCACGUUCGCAGGGAGUCUGCCCAGGGCCCCGGAGCCGGCCGCCCCCCCAGCGGCGACCCUGUCCUUGCACAACCCCAGAGGCGCCUGGGCCCCGGACGUGUCCUCCAGCUGCGGCCUGGACGGGCCCGGGCUGGCCGUGGGUGACAGUGGGGGUGGGAGCGAGCCCGGCUGCCACCUGCCCUUCCUGGAGACGCAGCACCAGACCCAGGUGUGAGGUCAGCCCGGGA